AUGAUACAAACCUUGAAUAAGUUUGAAGACAAAUUAAAAGAGAAAGAACAGAAACUAGAGACAAUUUCCAAACUAAUUAAUCUUGAAAAUUCCCAAGAACAAAUCAAGAAAUUGUUAAAGGAUGAAAACAUAAAAUCUGAUGAUGUUUUGUCAGAAAAAUAUCAAAGUGAUUUAGAAAAAUUAAAAUCAAAACUGGACAAAACAAAUGAAAUUCUUAGACAAACUAAAAACGAUUUACAAAAGAAAGAAUACGAAUAUGCUGAAUUACAAACGAAACUUGAUGAAGAAACAUUUAAAUUAACAGUAGCAAGUGGAUCUCUUCAAGAAGAAACUAAACAAAUCAUUAAAGAAAAAGACGAAGAAUUAGAAAAAAUUAAAAAUAAUUGGAGAAUUUCUGAUAUUAAAUUACAAGAACAAAUCAAAUUCUUGAAGAAUAAAAACAAUGAAUUAAAGAAUCAGUUGAAUGAAGAAAGAGUUAAAUAUGCUGCUUCUGUUUCACAAGUUAAAGAAAGAUCAAAGAAACAAAUGGAAGAAGCUGUUGAUUUGAUUUAUGAUGAACAAUCGCAAAGAUUAGAUGCAAUGGCAAAUAGAAUAAGGAAAGUACAAAGAGCUUUAAAGAGAAAAACAGAAGAAGCUGAUGAAAAAGAAGAACAACUUAAGACACAUGAAAAAUUAGUUGAAUCACAGGCAAAUCAAACUUCUGAAUUGCAGUUCUCGCAAAUGCAAUCUGAAAAGAAAGUUUAUGAAUUAAAUAAUGUUGUGAAUCAAUUGACAGAAGAAGUGAAUUUACUUGAAAAUAAAAUAAACAACUUAGAAGUUGAUAAGAAAGUUUUGGAGAUGCAGUUAUCAUCUGCACAAGAAAAGACAAAACAACAGGAAUCGUAUUAUAAUUCACAACUUCAAGUGGCGAAGUUUUCCGCAAUGCAAGAAUUGCCAACAAAAUUUGAAAAAGCAAAAGAAGAAUUCCAGGAAGAAUUCACAAAAUUCCUUAGAGAUAUUUGCACGAAAUUCCCUGAAUACGUUGAUUUCUCAAGUCCUAUUGACAAGAACAGCAUUUUGAUGAUGAUAAGGAAGAUUUCGGAUAAAGUAAAAGUUGCAGAAAAAGAUUUGGAUAAACUCGCAGAUUUGGAAAAGCAAAAUCGUGAAAUAAGAGUCGUUGUUGGAGCAGCUAGAUCAACAAGGACAAUCGAUGCCGUACAGGAAUUUGCUGCAAAUGCAAAACUAAUGAAACAGAAAUUAGAGAAUAUCCAUUAA